GUAACACACAUAUGUGAUUGUGAUUAGAUCAUUAGAACAAAUCCAACCACAGGUACAAGCCAAGAAUCAGAGGAGUAGGAAUCUAAUUAUGUCCGUUAAUUAAGAUACCUCAAAAUCAUUCAUGGGUAGGGUGAACAAUUUGUCUUCUUAUACUCCUCGACGCAGACAAUGAUAUGAAACUAAUUAAUUAAUAAUAUAAUUAGUAUUGACGUACAUUCAAAUUCUACAUUUUUUAUAUAAUUAAAUUUUUUACAAACAUUAGUUUUGGCGCACAUUCAGUUUGUAAUUAUGAAAAUAUUAAGAAACAUACCAAAUUAAAGCUCAUAAUUAUUUAUUAUUUUAUCAUUUACUUAUCUAUUUUGAAUAUGACCGAGUAGAAACUGAAUUUUUAUUUUUAUAAUAAUUAUAUUCUUAUAUAUAAAGUUGAAGGCAAGUUACUGUUGCCUAAACUACUACAUUUUGAUACUCUAAAUUUAAUUAAAUUACAAUUUAGUCACUAUAAUGUACAUUUUAUAUUUUGAUGCCUCAAAUUUAAUUUUAACUUAAUCUUAAUGUAAAAUCAUUGAACAAUUAUGUUUUGGUAUCUAAAUAUAUAUUUAAUUAAAUUACAACUUAGUCACUAUAAUGUACAUUUUACAUUUUGAUACCUCAAAUUUAAUUUUAAUUUAAUCUUAAUGUAAAAUCAUUGAACAAUUAUGUUUUGGUAUCUAAAUUUUAUAUAUAAAAUCAUUGAACAUAUGACAAACUCACACCAUCCAUUUCAAAUAAGAUUUGUCCCGUGGACACAUGAGCAAUCCAACCCGUACGAUUUCCUUUUACUCUUCCCAUUCUUACUUCUGUAGCUUUCCCUGUAAUAGGGAGAUCCGCGAGAGCCCUUGCCCAUAUCUUACCAUUUCUUCUGAAUUGUCCGCUAAAGGAACGAAGUCACUCGGCCAAAGGUUUAUCAUAUGUUCAACCGAGGGGAGAAGGGGAGUUGAAGGCAAGUUACCGUUGCCUAAACUAUUACAUUUUGAUACCCCAAAUUUUAUUAAAUUACAACUUAGUCACUAUAAUAGAAUGCACAUUUUACAUUUUGAUACCCCAAAUUUAAUUUUAAUGUAAAAUUAUUGAACAAUUAUGUUUUAGUAUCUAAAUUUUAUAAAAAUUUUGUGCGUACUUUUUUUUAUAUUUUUACACAUAUUGGUCCAAUGUUUAGAUUUCACUUAAAUACAUGAAUCCAAUCCACCAUAACAUAAAAGUAUAAAUUUAGUUUGUACCAUACAAGAUGUUGUAUCACUCAAAUGUAGGAGAAGAUUUGACCAUUUUAUAUUUGCUCAUUACGCGAAAUAUUAAAAAAUAAAAUAAAAGUGAGACGAUUCUAAAAUAUUGCAAGAGCAAAUUUAUAAACUUAUUUAGUACAUUUACGGGGUACUACUUCUACUAACUACAUGUAACAAAAUAUGCGACAUCUAUAUAAGCAAGUGUCAAUAAAAUGCUACGGUGAAAAUGGUUGACUAUUGCAUUGACGGCCAACUAAAAGAAUUGGUCAAAACAUUUCCAUCAUCUACUUCCCCUUCGUUUCAUUUUUCACUCGCCUUCCAUAAUCAUUUCUUUAUUUCUUUAUUUGCCUUCUUCGUCUAACCGUAAUUAGUAUACUAUUUUUUUGUAUUCUAAUCACAAAUAUGAACAGGUCCAUACACGACUAACCAACAAUCUAGAGAAUUAAUAAUUGAACCAUGAACCACUAACAUUUUCAGCUCAAUGUUGAGACCAAUUAAAAACAAAUAUAUAUGGCUAUUACUUAUUAGAAAGUCGUCAUUUUCCACUAUAGGAUUUGAAGGCAUGAAAUUUUAAGUGAGUUCUAGUUUGUAUUCCUUUUGCUUCUCUCUAGAGGUUUUCUUUUUCACUCGGGCUAGAAUUUUUAACAAUUAUACAUGGAAUUUUCAACAAUUAUACAUAUCAAAUAUAUUUUUUUCUAUUUUCUAUUAAAAAGUAAAUAAUUAUCAUCUUAAAUACAUUACCAUAAAAGGAAUUAAGCCUCAACUAUGCAAAUUGCAGUUGGGUACCUAACUUAACAGAUCUUUAGAUUUAUAACCUUUUUUUUUUGGCAUAUAAGUCCUCAAAAUAUUUAUGAAAUAUUACAUUUUAAUACCUAAUUUUUUUUGUUUUACAUCUUAGUACCAGAACUUUUGAAGUUCUAUAAAUAGGUAUAAUAUUUGUAUUUGUAAUUAAAACACCCUCGAAUAUAUGGGUAUCCAUACUCAUCAUACACAUCUUUAGAUUAUGAAAGUAAAUAUCCAUACCCUACCCAAACCCAUCUACAAACUUCCAAACUCAUAUAUACGUCACGCAUACCCUACCCAUAAUCAAUGAGUCUACUUGGAUUUCGGUAAAUAUCAUUUAUUAGCCAAAAAUUUUAAAUUGGAUGUUGACCACCAUAUAUCUAUUCUCUGUGAAUAUCAUAUUGUCAAGUCAAUAUUAUUACUAACAAAACUGCUAACAAAAAAUUAAUUUUAGGCUAAGAAUACUAACAAAACACCCAUAACGGGCCACAUAAUACAUGCACAUAGUCCAUCUCCGCCCGCGACAAGUGGCGACAUCACCACCUAGUUAUAUAUUAAUUUUCCUUAUACUUACAGUACCCCAUUCAAUCGCAUAAUCAAUUUUUUCUCCUAAUUCAUCAACCCACUUCGUAUUUUGUCAUUAGUAGAAUACAGUAUUUCCCCCUAUAUUAUAUGAAUCCAAUAAAGGUGAGAACUUUAUUCGAUCGAUCAUUUGUUCAUGUAAUUGACCAAAGUUACUGUCACGUACCAACUGCUGAUGAACUAUGCACAUACGUAGAAACCCCAAAAGAUUAAUAAUAUUUUAGAUAUAUAAAGUUGUAAGUAGUGGUUUAUAAUCUUAGUGCACACCUCAUAUCCCCUUUGCUCCUUCGUCGAUAGAAAAAGAAUACAGAAUUGUCUCCUCCAACUAGGAACAAUUACCUAAUUAAAGCGAGUAAUUAGCAGAAGUUAGUCGACAAGGACUUGAGCUAGUGGUACUAUUGUUGGUCUUCAACUUGAAGGUAUAUGUUCGAGUCUCUUAAAUACCACCUAAUCUAGCAUAUAUAUAUAUAUAUAUAUAUAUAUAUAUAUAUAUAUGGUGGCUACUUCGGUGCACUCACUUUUUUGGGUGUACUCAGUGCACCCAACUCUAAAAGCAUCCAAAAUACUUCAAAUUUUGAACUUUAAUUAGUACUCUCAAUAUAAUAUGAUGAUAUGACAUAGAAUCAUAACAAAUCAAUCCAUUACCCUAACCCCUUAACCUUCAAUUUUGAAUCCCAACCCAAAAUCCCAAAUUGUAAACCUAAACCCUAACCCUAAAUCCCUAAACCCUAAAUCAUUCAAAUUAAAGUAAAUUUUGAAUGAAUUUUUUUCAAAUUCAUGUGCUUCUUGUUCAUAAUAUCAUAAGCAACAAUUGAUACCGUUUUGACAUGAAUCGCAUGGUUAGAAUGACAAUUAUGAGGCGGGUGCACUGAGUGCACCCGAAAAAGUGGGUGCACCGAAUACGUCACCAUAUAUAUAUAUAUAUAUAUAUAUAUAUAUAUAUAUAUAUAUAUAUAUAUAUAUUUUUUCCAGAAAUUAACUUAAUUAUAUUGGUUAAGAGACUAAUUAAAAGAAAAAUAUUAAUCCUCUCCUCGCAUAAUGAAAUAUCUUAGCGACACAAAAAGGAGAAGCAAAACACUACAAAUACAUACAAGCCUCCCAAGAAGCAGCAGCUCAUCAUUUCCUUAUUUACACCCAAAAAAAGCGUCCUUCCUUGUCAAUAGUUUAUCUUCUUCUUAAUUUGCUCAGUCUUAUAUUAUAUUAUGGGCUCCAUUGAUGAAGCGCCUACUCAUCAAAAGCUUCCAUUCAUCGAUUUCUCAUCAAAGCCUCUGCUGGAGCUGAAACCAGGCAGUGCCUAUUGGGAUUCUCUGAAAUCCCAAGUUCGAGAAGCUCUUGAAGAGUAUGGCAGCUUUGAGGCAUCCUUCAAACCUGCAGUGGAUAUCCCAACUGCUGGGAUUCAAAGUGACAAUAUUUUCAGGUCAGUGAAAGAGCUCUUCGACUUGGAUUUGGCCACAAAACAGCGCCGGAGUUAUGGUGUUGGCGAUGCAUCUUUCACGGGUUACAUUGGGCAACAUCCUGGCUAUUCAUCAUCCUUUGAAAGCUUUGGAAUAAAUAACCCCAACGAGGCUGGCGAGGUGGAGAGCUUCACCAAUGCCUUGUGGGACCAAGGAAACCCUAGUUUCAGCAAAAACGUCCAAUCCUGGUCAGAGAAGGUCGCAAAAUUGGAUGAAAUUGUAAGGAGGAUGAUAGUGGAGAGUUUUGAGCUUGAGAAAUAUAUGGAUGAACACAUGAGCUCCAUAAGGUACCAACUGAGAGUGAAUAAGUACGCAGCUAAUUCCCAACCCCAUGGACCAGAAAUUGGGCAGUUAAAAGCCCACACUGAUAAGAGCUUGAUUACCAUACUGUGCCAAAAUGAAGUCGACGGACUGCAAAUUCAAACUAAGAAAGGAGAUUGGGUGAAAUUCCAACCGUCUCAUGCCUCCUUCGUCAUCCUUGUUGCUGACUCUCUAUAUGCUUGGUUGAACGGCCGGGUGCAUUGCCCCUCUCACAGAGUUAUGGGCGUGUAUGGAAAUAAGCCCAGAUAUUCCAUUGGGCUUUUCUCACUCACAAAGACAGGGUACGUUAUCAAAGCGCCAGAAGAGUUGAUUGACCAGCAUCACCCCUUGUUGUUCAAGCCUUUUGAGUUCAAGGAGUAUAUGACCUUGGCUUAUAGCACAGCAGGUAAGAAAGAGGCUUCUCCGUUACAUUUGAGAAAAUUCUACGGGCUUUAGAAGUUUGUAAGUACGAAGUGAACUUCCCCUCUCUACUUGUGUUACAAGAUGAUCCAAAUGGUUGGGAGGUGGCUUCGAGCAUUUAAAAUUCUUUUAGACGUCCACUUACAAGUUACAACAAUGGGCGAGGAAUGAGGAUUGGGGCUGGUGGAUGGUUUGUUUGUCUUGUUUCUUUGUUUUUUUCUCCAUGUAUAGGUGUUAUUUUUGGACCCUUGUUUGUCAAGUGCAUUUCAGUUGUUUUUAUUUCUCUUUUAGUCCUAGUUGUUUGUCACCGGUCUGGGGAGUUCUCAGGAUCAUGUAUUUUCUCUUUGAGUUUUGGCGAUGUUGCUUAGCCAAACCUUUUUCACUUUUUUUUCUUCUUGCUUGUAUCGAUAUAGGUUUUCGUGUUGUUGUACUUUUUCUUCUUUUUCCGAUAAUAAAGUUCAUCAUAAAAAACUGUCUUCGAUCGGGUGAAAAUGUAAUAAAGGAGGUGUGUUUGUGUGUAUUAAUUGUGUGCGAUGAUGAUCCACAAAAGCAUAGUUAGUAAAUACUCCGUUUAAUACACGUAUAUGUACCCGUAUGUAUUUUAUCCGUUUAAAACUUCCAUGUCCGUAUUAUUGUCAAGCCAUUUCAUUUUCCCUCGUUUAUUACGUAUAAAACCCGUAUAACAAGUUUAAUAUCCAUAUUUAAUGAAUUAAAUUAUUAAUUUUACUAUUAUUUAUAUAUUUAUUUAUUUUUAAAACAAUUAAUUUUAUAUAUUUAUGAAUAUUAACGUACUAUUAAAAGUAACAUUAGUUUAGAGUCGAAGUAAAAUACCCAUACGUAUUUUAUACGUAACUUCCCCGUACCGUAUUUUACUAAUUAUACCCAAAAGUGCGUUGUAUGGGGUGAAUUUCAAACCCCCAACAGUUGGUCAAAGUAACUCAUAAAAAGGAAACAGAUCGAGACGAAUAAAAAAUAUACAAAAGAGAGAAGAAUGAAAAAAAGCCUAGAUGGAGACUCAAAAACAAUACAUCUGCUAAACUGGAACUGUUAUACCACGGUAGAGGUGGCUGUAAAUUUUCACUGCCAAGAGAGACUCUCUACCUUUGAAAACUUAAAAUGCAACAUUAAAGGCAAUCCAAGCAUAAGACAAUUAAUGAGAAAGUUGUAAGUGGGUUUAGCAAGUUUAGCAACACUAAGAGUUCAGCCGCGAUUCAAUAACAUGAUUCACUUGGUUGAUUAAUUAAACAAUCAUGACAUCCAUGUUGGGAGUUUUGCAAUAUAUAUGGAUGAUAUUGCAUGGAGUUCUUGCAACUUAAUUUCUUUUCCUUUCUUUCUUUCGUGAGCUAGCUGUUGCAACUUGUCAUCAUGAUCAGCUCAUUUUGGAGAUAAAUUAGAUCCACUAUAAGUAGUAGAUCAACCGUUCUUUGUACAUAGCACCUAAUAUUUUCCCCUUUAAUUUGGGGUUGUCUAAUUAAAAAUAAAUAUAAUUGAUCAAUGAGAGCACUUCUACUAUGCUAUAUAGUAUUUGUGCUUUAAUGUACAACUUAAAAUUGUACCAUAACAUUAAAUGUAUAAGUUUAGAUUGUACCAUAAAGCAAUUUGUACCAUUAUGUUAUGGCAACUUUGAAGUUGUACCGUCACAUAAAGGUACAAGUUCUAGUUGUACCAUGAAAAAAUUUGUACAAAAAGUAUAGGUACAAUCUGAGGUUGUACCAUAACGUAAAUAUACAAUUUUAAAUUGUAUCAUAAAAGCAAAAUCCUAUAGUACCAAUACUAUAUAACAUUGUAAAAUUUUUCCCACCAUGAAAGAAAAAGAAGUAAAUGGAGCAGUUAAGACGUCAAAUCCAUGUGAAAGAACAAGGAAACUUAAUCAGAAUUAAUAAUUUGUAGAGGGCCAAGUUGGCCAUUUAAUGAACCGAACGGCAAGUAAUUGGGGAUUUGGGGAUAAAUUGUCUCCUCAUAAAAUAAAAGUAAUUGAGGAUAAAUUGUUAACUGGAAA